AUGUUCAGCAAGAGAGACAGUUCAAAUAUUAAUCUGGAAAAUAAUUUUUUUUUUCCUCUGGAGUAUGAAUUUGGCCUAAAAGACAACCUAUCUUCAAAGGAAAAACACAGCGUGGGAGCAAAUACAAGUUUCUUCCCACUAGAGGAUGCAUCACCUCCGUCUCAAGAUAGUUCAAUAGACCAUGAAGGGAGCCAACCUAAGUAUGAUAGUAUAGAAACAUCUGGAAACCGCCAUUUCGCUCGCUCAAGUCCAACACAACUCCAGUCGAGAGGAAGAAACCAGGAGAGAAUACAACAGGGCAGAAUUCUCGAUUCGAACUGCCCCCCUACGCACAGAGAAGAUUCAACAUCGUGUGGCGGAAAUAGCGAGAGCAAUGAAUGUGAUCGCACGGCGGAAUCCAACUCUUUUGGAAUGAACAAAAAACACUUCGAGACUUCCCGUACAAAUUUAACAAGUUAUGUGCUCAGCAUUGAAGAUGAAGAUGUGAUAGAAUUUGAUUUUAAUGAUGAAAUACCCUGUCGUGUUGAUUUACUUUCGGGCGCCACCCUGGAAAAGACUCCGAUGACGUUAAAUGAAUUGAACAAAAAAGUGUUUAACUCGCUCCAUGAGUUUCGCACAAGCAAAGACAACCCGGAAAAAAACUUGGUAGAAUUAAUACUUCCCAAUUGCGUGGCGUUGUUGAAUCUAUUUGACGAAGUUGAGCUUUCGGUCGACCCUAGUAAUGAUGUUUUCGAAUUCUCUACUUUCAUUAAUACAAUUGAGUUCAUUGUGCGUGAUAUUUGGACUAAGACGCUAAGAAAAAACCUAAAUUUAGUCCAAGCCCUCGACAUUGACUUAGAAGGGUACAAGGACAAAUAUAUGAUUGACAAGCUAAAGGGUCACUGUCCCUCGACGAGCAUAGUAGGAAUACUAAGAGAUUUAAAAUAUUUUCCCAAUUCUGUCUUGGAGACCUUCAAAUUCGGGAUCAAACUGAAAGAACAUGGGGAUUGUUCUAAUGAGGGCGCUAUUAUGCAAUAUGUCGUCUUCAAUAGAAUAUUUUGUACAGCUGUUUUAGAGAUUCAAAAAUGUUACAUUUUGAUUAGCAGGUUCAUGAAUUCUGUCAACCUUUUGAAACAGUUUUCAAACAAGAUAUUCUUAUCGUUUAUCGAAAUCCUGGUAAAAAUCGUCUUUGAGUGCCAACUCCCGCAAUUAUUUUUGGGGAUUGGUGAAAUCGUCGAGCUAUGGUUACAAGGCGACGGUACAAAGCGCCGGCAACUUUUGCGCGAAUGGCGCGAUACAAUUAUCCAUGACAUAAACCAGAGUGAAUCAAGGAACAGACCCGACACAGAACUUGAUUCCACUGCUUCGAGCGCAGAGGAAGACGAACACAGUCUCCGAUUCAAUAAGUGGGACGUAAUAGAGCCAUUUCUAGAUAAUAUUAUGGCCUUGUAG